GAGGUCUCGCUCGGCCCCGGGUCCAUUCCCGCUCGGUGUACAGCUUCUGUUGCCCGGGAAGGACCGCGGCCGGGCCCGGACAGGUUGCUGGCCUCGGAAACCCGGUUAGUGUCCCAGCUGCCGGCCCAGGCCGAGCUGCGGGGGCAGGUCCUCCUCCUAAAGCUUUUGGACGUAGUGUCUGGCAGUAGGGCUGUAAGCCACACACCGACCUGACACAGCUUGUCUAAAUCUUGCAUUUCAAAAUGCAAUCACGCAGCAGAAAAUUGGACAGAAGCCUCGAAGGAGCAAUCAUUGCACCAGAGGUGUUGGGAGAGACUCUGAGCAACACUGGAAAUCAAGCUGCCCACGCACAGAGUGAAGGUGGUCCUGUCAGCAGGGUGUCAGGACCAGAAGCACAACUACAAGGUUCUGAGCAAGAAUCUGAAGAGAAAACUGUUGAAAAUGCCAUUACCCAGAGGCAGAGUAAAGACAGUUUGAAUGACUAUAGCACUGGAGACACCCUCCAAAAAGUGCAAAAAGAUGUUGAAACUGAGGAGAAAGCCAUCAGCUGUACUUCCAGAACAGAUCAACGGAAUGAACAAAAAUUCGUUGGUGAUCACAAGUCAGUAACCAGCUCACUCAGUCAAAAGACAGAAGAAAAGGGGGGCUGCGUAAGAAUGACAAAAAAGAUUCUGCAAGACAUUUGUAAGCAACACAAAUUAUACUUGACCCCAUCCUUAAAUGAUACGCUUUACUUGCAUUAUAAAGGAUUUGACCGCCUGGAGAAUCUUGAAGAGUAUACUGGAUUGAAGUGUUUAUGGCUGGAAUGCAAUGGCUUAACAAAAAUUGAGAAUUUGGAGGCUCUGACAGAGUUGCGCUGCCUCUACUUGCAGCUCAAUUUAAUUAACAGAAUUGAAAACUUGGAAUCCUUACAAAAGCUGGAUUCCCUCAAUAUAAGUAACAACUAUGUCAAGACCAUUGAAAAUCUCUCUUGUCUGAAAGUCCUGAACACUCUGCAGAUUGCUCACAAUAAGUUAGAAACAGUGGAAGACAUACAACACUUGCAAGAAUGCCCAAGUAUUUCUGUUCUUGAUCUUUCCCACAACAACUUAAGUGAUCCAAAUAUUAUAACUAUUCUGGAGACAAUGCCUAAUUUGCAUGUGCUGAAUUUAAUGGGAAAUCAAGUGAUUAAGAAAAUCGCUAAUUAUAGAAAAACACUUACUGUUCGACUAAAACAGCUAACGUAUCUGGAUGACAGACCAGUAUUCCCAAAGGACAGAGCCUGUGCGGAAGCCUGGGCUGUUGGAGGGAUUGAAGCUGAGAAGGCCGAAAGGGAAAAAUGGGAAACUAGAGAGAGAAAAAAAAUCCAAGAUAGCAUUGAUGCUUUAGCAGCAAUCAGGCAAAAAGCAGAGGAAAGGAAAACACAGAAAUAUGUAGAAGGAAGAGGUGCAGGUGCAAAACAUGGAAAUGAAGGUGCAACAGACACCGUAGAAGGAGCAUCUGCAAAUCCAGGUAACAGUGAUGGAAAUUAUAAUACAUCAGAGAUAUCAACUCUAUCAGAACAGCAAGAAACUCAAGAGAAGACUGAGAAAUUUGGAAAUGAAAGUUUUGAUGCUCAUGAUGAUGUGAAAACACCCCUAAUGGACAGGGGAGAUAACACCGACUUCCUAUCUGGAAGGAUUACUGCAAGAAUUCAAGAGGAUGCACAUGAAUCAAAUUCUAACAAAUGCUUAGACUCCAACAGGAAGAUGGAUGACCUUCCAAGAGAGAAGAAAGCUUCUCAAAGGGCUGUGGUUCCUGAGCUGGGUGAAUGUGCUGAAAUCGAACAGAUCAAACUUGAGGCACCAGAGAAACUUCGUCUUGAUGAACUACCUGAUUUAGAAGACAUAGACGUAAAUGAAUUUCCUCCAGAAGAGGAAAUUUUUAUUCAAAAGGAAGAAUAUAACCCAAAGAUUGAAAUAAUUUCUGAAAUGACAAAUGAUGGUGAUUCUGCGUUGGAGGAAAACAAUAAAACCACAUUUGAGGACUCAGUAGGAGAAGGUGCAACAUCUAUUUUCUCAAAUGCGCGUAAGAUCCAUAAAGAGCAAGAAAAGGAGUGCUUUAGACCCCUUGUUAAAGAAUUCUUUACAGAGCCUUCACAAUCAGAGGGAUACUUGGAGAGCAAAGACAAACCAGCUAACCCGUGUAAAGUCUUGAUACAGGAGAUCAUCACCCAACCUACUGAUAACCUACUGUUGUCAUCAGUCUGCAAUCAGCCAGAUGACCCCAGCCCAUGGGGAGGGGACAGUAAAAUCACCAUUGCUUGCCCUGGGCACAGUAGUGAUGGAGAAGUACAGUUGCUGGCUGAAGGUGAAGGACAUCUCCAUGAACCUCCUGACGACAUGGACAGAGAGAGGGGAUUAGAUUAAUUGCUUUCAAUAGAACAGACCAUAUCUGGAGCAUCGUGCCUGCCUGACUGCGUACAGUCAUUCUCAAGAUGCAAAGUUCAGCAAUGGGACCACUUUUUAAAAUAGACCUAACACUUAUAAAAACCCACUGCCUUCAACAUGAGUGUUUCAGUCAGUAAGAGCUGAUGUGCCUCUAACAUGUGACGAUUAGGGCAGAUAAAGCCCUCGUGUUCCCCCUUCCAAAAGUGCUGGAAAUCCCUCAUCUCUUUGAGGCAGCUUUCUAGCUGCACCACCAGUAAAAGCGAGGGCACUUGUGUUUUAAGGUUAAAUUCCAUUCUGUCAUGUCCUUUUCUUUUCUUUGGAUUCUUCUAGAAAUGGUUCUUAUAUAACUUAUUGUUUCGUUACUUACAUAGUUUCAAUCCAUAUUGUAACAUGUUUCUGUCAUUUGAACUAAAUAAAGAUUCUACUUGUAACCUGUCAUCUCACCAA